GGGAGGCUUGGAAUGAGGCCAUUUCUGAGAGACGCGCCCCACAGCCCCGCAAGGCCACUACUGUUGCCGGCGAAACCGAGAGCUGGCCUAGCUCAGCUCUCUCGUCCGCCCCAGCUUGAAGUGGGUCUGCAGUCGGUCCUCCACGCUUUAAGCGCCCCGCAGAUUUCUCAGCCAGUCCGUUCUGCUCUGGGCUGCCUCUUGCCCAAGAGAUGCUGGAGGGCUCUUCCAAAGAAUUGUGGCUGAUCCGAGCCCCUGCCAGCUUCAGUCCGGAAAGCCUCAGUGGUCACUCUGUGCCUUUGCUGGGCUUCCAAACUCUGAAGGCAUCGCAGCCGGACAGCGCAAAGAAGACCUUCCAUAUUCAAACAACUCUGGAGCAUCUUGGCGGUGCCCAGUUGCUGCUUCCUUUGGGCCAUGGGGACCACCUCACCUGCUCCAUCCCUUUCAGCAGCUCACUGAGCAUCUGUGAGAAAUAUGGGGGUUCCAGCAACAGCCAGUCCCUUUUCCCGGUGGUGGCCAGACCAGCCCCGCAGAUCCCAGGAGGGCUCCGGCAGCGUUUCCUGCCUUUUGGGAACCGCACAGAGGGAUCUUUGCUGGCCAGAGCAGCGGAGGAACCACCCAGGAAGAAGAAGAAGACGAAAAAGAAGCACCGGCUUGGAAAGGAGGACUAUGAGGAAGAUCUGGCUCUCUUCGGGAUGCCUUUGGAGGUAGCCUCAGGGGCUGGCAAGGCAGAGGCCCGUCAGCAGCAUGUGGCAGCCCCACUGGCAAAUGGCUCACAGCCAAGUUCUGCAGCCUUUGCCCAGAACGGCCUCCUCUCUGGUGAGGUGGAAGUUGCUGGUCCCAGAAAGAAGAAGAAGAAGAAGAAAAGGAAGGAGGGAGAACUGAAGGAGAUGGAGGCAGAGGCCAGGCAAUGGCACUGGCACGAGCAGGAGGGGGCAGCCACCUCCUUCCCAGAGGCUCAGCCAAACUCUGCAGCCUUUGCCCAGGACGGCCUCCUCUCCAGUAAGGUGGAGGCUGCAGGUCCCAGAAGAAGGAAGAAAAGGAAGAAGGCCGGAGAACUGAAGGACAAGAGCAGGGAAGAGGCAGAGGCCGCACACCCACUCCAGAACGUGACAAUCCCUUGGGCAGUCAGCUCCCAGCCAAGUUCUGGCCCUGCUGCCCUGCACAGUUUCCUCUCUAGUGAGCCAGAAAAUCUGGAUCCCAGAAGCAAGAAGAAGAAAAGGGACCGAGAAGUGAAGGACAAAAUGGGGGAAGUGGAAGGGGGACUGCUAGAUGUAAGCCCCUGUGUGGGAGGGGAUUUUGAGCCCCAGGCAGGAGCGGGCAGUCUCCUAGGGAUGGAAGAAAUGACUCAGCUCACAAACAAGGGGAAAAGGAAUGAGAAGGCAGUGCCAAUUGAGCCCGCCUCCAACAAGGAAGAAGCUGCUGGGGCGCAGUGGGACCUCAGCGGCCUGGGGGCCUCCCAUGAGGGCUGCCUGGUGUUGGUCCAGGAGGAACCUGGAGUGGGUAGCUCAGAUCAUAAAGCCAAGAAAAAGGAGAACCCAGAGGAGGGUGCCCUGGAGCUGGGAGAGCAGCCUGCCCUGCUGGAGGUAGAGAGCUGGGCUCAGCUGGGCACCCCCCUCUGGGGGGGAGGAGGAGGGCAGGCGACUAAGCCAGCUAUGGAGCUGCUGAGCCGCAAGCCCAAGAAGAAAAAGCGUCCCAGGCAAGAGGCUGUUGAGUAGGGCUGAGGGGGUGGGGUGCCACUUGCCAGAGCGUGACUGGAGCCAGCCCCCUUGCUGAGGGGCAGACAUCCCCCCCCCCCGUCUGGCCUUUGAUCUCAUGCAGCUGUUCUGCUGAACAGGGCCUGUCCUCUGGUGCUAGUAAGAGACUCUUCAUAGACUGCAUUGCUGCUAAUGGAAUGGCCCUUGUAUUUUAAAAGAGAACAAAAGCCCUUCCUGGGAGAACUGUCUGGCCAACUUGCCUGUUUUUUUAGGGGGAGUUUUGAGUGGGGGAGAAGGGGGCUAAUCCUGCUGGUUUCUGUGGUGCCAUCAAGCAGAUUGCUCAGAGCUGGCUUGUGCUGGACGCUGACUAUUACUACUGACUAUACUGAAGUUCUUGCCCAUAAAACAUCAAUUUCUAAA